CUUUCUAGAAGAUGACCAUAGAAGACCUUCCAGAUUUUCCAUUAGAAGGAAAUUCUUUGAUUGGAAGAUACCCAUUUUUAUUUCCAGGUUCUGAUUCACCAGUAAUCUUUUCCAUUUCUGCAGCACCAAUGCCUUCAGACUGCGAAUUUUCUUUUUUUGAUCCUAAUGAUACAUCAUGUCAGGAAAUUCUCUUUGAUCCCAAAACUUCUGUAUCCGAAUUAUUUGCCAUUUUAAGACAGUGGGUUCCUCAAGUCCAGCAAAACAUCGACAUUAUUGGGAAUGAGAUUCUUAAGAGAGGCUGCCAUGUGAAUGACAGAGAUGGAUUGACAGAUAUGACUCUUUUACAUUACACUUGCAAAUCUGGAGCUCAUGGUAUUGGUGAUGUUGAUACAGCUGUAAAAUUUGCAACUCAACUUAUUGAUCUGGGAGCAGAUGUUAGUUUGCGGAGUCGCUGGACAAAUAUGAAUGCUUUGCAUUAUGCUGCUUAUUUUGAUGUUCCUGAGCUUGUAAGAGUGAUUUUGAAGACAUCUAAACCAAAAGAUGUGGAUGCCACUUGCAGUGACUUUAAUUUUGGAACAGCUCUGCAUAUUGCUGCAUAUAACUUGUGUGCAGGUACUGUGAAAUGCUUAUUGGAGCUUGGAGCAAAUCCUGCAUUUAGGAAUGACAAAGGACAGACCCCUGCUGAUGUGGUUCCAGACCCAGUGGACAUGCCGUUGGAAAUGGCCGAUGCUGCGGCAACUGCUAAAGAAAUCAAGCAGAUGCUGUUAGAUGCGAUGCCUCUGUCCUGUGAUGUCUCCAAGCCCGCACUUCCAAAUUAUGAUCGUGUCACCAGCAAGGCAGUGCUUACAUCAGUUGGCCUGAAGUUGGGGGACCGUGUUGUUAUUGCAGGACAGAAGGUUGGAACAUUAAGGUUUUGUGGAACAACUGAAUUUGCAAGUGGGCAGUGGGCUGGCAUUGAGUUGGAUGAGCCAGAAGGAAAAAACAAUGGAAGUGUUGGGAAAGUCCAGUACUUUAAGUGUGCCCCCAAAUACGGUAUUUUUGCACCUCUUUCAAAGAUAAGUAAAGCAAAAGACCGAAGGAAGAAUAUAGUACACACUCCUUCUUCGAAAGCCGUACCUCUCAUCAGGUCUCAGAAAAUCGAUGUAGCUCACGUAACAUCAAAAGUAAAUACUGGACUAAUGACAUUAAAAAAAGAUAGUGCUUCUGAAUCGACACUGUCAUUACCUCCUGGUGAAGAAUUGAAAACUGUAACAGAAAAAGAUGCUAACCUGCUUGGAUCCAACAGCAGCUCGUCCUCUACAUCUUCUUUGGAACACAGACAGAGCUCCCAGAAACUGAAUGCAAGUAGCAAUAGCAAGAAGACAAUGAGCAAAAGCCCGUCUGUUUCAUCUAGAGCCAGUGCUGGUUUGAAUUCCUCAGCAACAUCUGUAGCAAAUAAUACGCGUUGUGAAGGUGAACUCCAACUCGGAGAUAGAGUGUUGGUGGUUGGCCAGAGAAUUGGCACCAUUAAGUUCUUUGGGACAACAAACUUUGCUCCAGGAUGUUGGUAUGGUAUAGAGCUUGAGAAACCCCAUGGCAAGAAUGAUGGUUCAGUUGGAGGUGUGCAGUAUUUUAGUUGUUCUCCAAGAUAUGGAAUAUUUGCUCCCCCAUCCAGAGUACAAAGAGUAACAGAUUCCCUGGAUACGCUUUCAGAAAUUUCUUCGAAGAAAAAUCGUUCCUAUCCUGGUUUUAGGAGAAGUUUCAGUACAACUUCUGCUUCUUCCCAAAAAGAGAUUAACAGAAGAAAUGCUUUUGCCAAAUCAAAAACGGCCUUGCGUCGCAGUUGGAGCAGCACCCCCAGCACAGGCAGCGCCGAGGGGAGCGUGAGGCUGCACGAGGGGGCCCAGGUCCUCCUCACGAGCUCGAAUGAGAUGGGCACCGUGAGGUACGUGGGCCCCACUGACUUUGCCUCAGGGAUCUGGCUUGGACUUGAGCUUCGAAGCGCCAAGGGAAAAAACGACGGAGCAGUGGGUGACACACGCUAUUUCACCUGUAAGCCCAACCAUGGAGUCUUAGUUAGACCAAGCAGAGUAACCUAUCGGGGAAUAAAUGGGUCAAAGCUUGUGGAUGAGAAUUGUUGAGUUAAACUUCCGAAGUGUUCCGUGAGUGUGAGUGUGUGUGUGUGUGUGUGCGCGCAUGUGUGUAUACAUAGAUCUAUAUGGCAUAAAAUAAAGAGUCUGUGGCAAAUGGUUAACUUUUUAGCCAUAUUUAAAAUUUGGAAAUGUGGCAUCUUCUUAAAAACCAUUAUAACGAUUCAGAGACUCCUUUAAAAAACUAGCAAUAUGAACCGUUAGAAUAGAAUCAUGGUUCCAGUAAAAUAAUUUUAAAAUAAGCAUUCAAAAAAGCUUUCGAAGCUUUAGAGCCGCGAAAAUUCUGAGACUUCAGAAAAAACGUGCCGUUAGUCGACCAACUGAUGUCGCUUUUUCAUUUUUGCACAUAAUAUUGGAUUUUCUAUAUGCCGUGGCUAUAAAGGUUUUCACUAGCAUUGGUUAACAUAUGAUGUUCACACAACCUUUUCUGUCAAACAUUUUUGGAGUUUUUUUUUUUUCCCCUUCUGUACUAAUAAGUACCAUAAGAGGAUAGUAGCUCUAUGACUAGUGUAUUUUCCAUAUUUUUUUGGCAGAAUUAUUUGCCCUUUCUAGAAUGCCUCAUGUAAAGGUUUUGGAGUUGGAGGGGACAUUAGGGGCUCUUGAAUUUAGAUGCUUGCCCAUUGCCUAACACAGAGCUGCAGGUCUGAAGCAGCCCUUCUCUUACCCAGGGUCACCGACAGUGGUUAACAGAGCUAAGAACAGAACGUGGUCUCCUGACCUGUGGCUCAUGCUCUUUCCUCGAUACAAAGCGUAUAAUCUCAGAUUUCUCUUCUGCUUCAUCUGGAUGAACCACAAAAAACCAUGAUUAGCUUUAUGAAUUCAAGUCAUAAUUAGAAGUUUUUGCACACACUUAUUUAACUUCCUUAUUGGGCAUAUGUAUAAACACACACACACACACAGACACAUACAUGAAGCACUUUUAAACAUGAUGCACUUUCAUUUUUGUAGAGAAUUUGCCAUCAUUUCCUCCUGGGUUAUGGAAAACAUUUAAAAAAUUAUAUUUAAAGAAAAGAGUGCAAAUUAAGACAUGUUAGGAAGACUUUAGUAGUUAUUUAAAUGUUUAUGAUUUCUCAAUUUUUCUGUUUUACCUUUCUUAAAGCUGGUGUGUUUGCUGUCAUUGCUGUUUUUAUAUUUUUAAUUGUUGCAAAGUUCAGCCUGUUAUCAAGCUGCAGAACUGUAUCAUGUUUUUAUUUUCCUUGUUGAGCAUAUGUUAAUAAGCUAAGCUUCAUAAGAGAGUGAUGUUAUAAUGCAAAACAUUUGUGUUAUGGAUGCAUAUUGAAGUUUAUGGUCCUAUAUGUAAAGAUUUAUCUCUAAUUAUAGAUAUUUAGACUUUAAAGUACAACAUAAAUAUCAGAACAGUUUGCUUUAUAAGAUUAGAAGCAUCCUUCAGAAUGGAGCUUUGUGCUUAGAAAUAAUAUGUUGAACUAUUUUGCAAUAUACUAUUUAAAAUCUAAAUUCUGUUGCUUUGCUGCCUUUUAAAAAAAAAUUUAGUAUUUCAAUAUUGCUAGAGCUAUUUUCCUGAAAUACAUUUGCAAAGUAAGCCUGCUUUAUAACCAAGAAAUAUUUUUAUUGAUUGAAGAAAAUGACUGUACUGCGAUUUAAAAGUAAACUUAUUUUAUUAUACACUUAUUUCUUAAAAACUCUGUUUAUACCUUAACAUGAAAUCCCUGACUAUACUGAACUUGGGUGUCUAUAAUUCUUCCUGCUAAAUAUAAAACACUGUAAGUUAGAAACAGUAACGUCGACACUGAAUUUAUUUUGGGGUCAGAGAAUCCAUUGUUCUCCUGUUUAAACCAGGAUUAUUAAAUCCCUAUAAUAUGUAUGUUUGCAUAUACUAUACCUACAGAUUCAGUGUUUCCAUUUGUGUUUUGCUUGUUAAAUGCCAUUCAAAGUUCACCGCUUGAGCAUUAAUAAAAAGGGAAGCUGUUUGGGUUUUGGAA